UUCAGAGUCUCUCACUCCGACCGAGGAUGGCAUCAGACCUCACUUGUCACAUGAGCGUUGCAUGCCUGCGCAGCACAUGCAACCAGUGGCAUCCGUCGCUGAGAAUUCACUGAGGCAACCGUUGGACCAUGGCGGUUUUGUCUGCUGAAACCUCACUUGACGUUGAUUCUUAUAAUGCGUCGUUGGCCGCCUAGUCCUCAACCUACUCAACCCUCACCUAUGAUCGCCCAUGAGCAACUGAUCACGACGUCCAGCAUCAAUUGCAAUGGCUAAUCUCCGAAGGUCGCAGAGAGCUCAAGCUGCGGCAUACGACUCCAACGGACGUGAUUAUAUUGCAACUGAAUUGGCAUGUACGCGGGCAGAAGUCGAGCACUGGCUCGCUGCGCCUGAAGUUAAUCAACAUCUUGUGCUGUGGUACAACCUCUGCGUCCUCGGCCGCCGCAGAUACAACGAUGCCAUUGACUGGAUUACCGAUGGCGAAGACGGCUACUUCUACAACAAACAAGGGCUUGAAGAAGACCUGCUCCUAACGUGUUUGGGAGAAGGUGAUGCGAAGGUCUUCAAGGGACAAGAGCGAACCGAUUUCAUGGAAGAUGGCAUCCACACCUCGGACUGGUCGACUGCGAAGCUGUGGGCAAGAGCAGCUUGGCGAAUUGCGCAGAGCAAUUCUUCUGAGGGCCAACACUUCCACGCAACCAUUAUGCGCCAUCCAGCAGCAGUCUAUGGGCUGACGAUCGACAUACUCUGCCUUGCAUUCCACUCCAUCGCACAUCGCAAGGCUGAAUCAAUCUGGCAUGGUCUGAUUACGGGCGACUCUUCGCAGCCGAUGGGACUGUCGUCGGAGUCAGGUUCCUCCAGUAUCGUUGGGGCUGUCGAGCUUGACCAAAGUGAUCGCGAUUCUACGACCGAGGAGAGCACCACUGACCACGUCGAUGUCGUAAGCUAUGCUCUUUCGGUUGCUUCUUCUGAAGACGAUGCCAGCGAUUUCGAAGAUCCCAAGACUCCUCUGAGAGCAAAAUGCCGCACCCACCUUUCGCCACCACCUGCUCCCAAGAAGACGACUACCCGGCCUUUCCACCCCCGAAAGGCAUGCGACUGGGUCGACUCACUUCCAUGCCUGACAUCGCCUGCUUUUGGAGACCCCAGCAACUAGGGUGACGCAGAAGUCUGAUUGAUGACAGCCAAGCUGGUCGGUAGAGAGGCCAGCACUCACGCCUG